CGUCAGUCUGUCACUCGCUUCCAUUUCGACUUUCCAACUCCAUCAUUCCCUGUGUUAAAGAAAGAUUUCUGCCCAGGUGGGUCAAUCAUCAUCAUCACGCAGCACAGCUCGUUCAAGAGCGCGCCGCAGACGGGAGAACACCUUCUCUCUCUUAACAGUAGAAUCCACCAAGGCAAAUAGUUGCUCCACUCAAGAAGAAGAAGAAGAAGAAGAAGAAUUUGUGUUGUGUAGCUGGUUGAAGCUUAUAAGAUCAUCAGAGCUCCAUGAUACCAAACGGAGCGAGCCCGUCAAUGCGAUCUCCGAUUCCCAUUUCCGCUUACUUCGCUCUUCCUCUGCUCGCGCUCUCCUCCUCCUUCUUCUCUCUCGCCCUCUCCGACCCUCGAAUAGCCGAAGCGGCCCUCCUCUGCGGGAACUCCACUGGGAUCCUCGCCGGAAACAUCAUCCCCAACUUCGGCGCCGUCAUGAGGGUGAUCCUCGGGAGCGUCACCGACCAGCGCUGGGGCAAUUACUCCCUCACCUCGCCGCCGCCGCCGGUGUACGGCCUUGCCCAGUGCCACGGUGACCUGAUCGAGACCGACUGCCUCCUCUGCUUUGCCGAGAGCCGGACCCGGAUCCCCCGCUGCCUCCCAAACUCCGGCCGCCUCUUCCUCGACGGCUGCUUCCUCCGUUACGACGGCUACAACUUCUACAACGAGACCGCCGACCCAACUUACGACACGCUCAAGUGUAGCUCCAGUUCCGCAGUCCCGGCGGACCAGAAGGAUAGAGCGGCCGAGUUCUCGGAUAGGGUGGACCGGGUGCUGACGAAUGUCUCGGCGAGUGCGGUGCAGAACAAGGGCUUCGCGGUGGCUGGGGAGGACGGAGCCGGAGGAGCCGCUGGUGUAUACGCUUUGGCACAGUGCUGGAGCACCCUCGACGCUGGCGGCUGCAGAGCUUGUUUGGAGAAUGCAACUUCGAUGGCGAGAAGCUGCGCACCUAGGGAAGAAGCUCGGGCUAUGAACGCGGGAUGCUUCCUCCGUUACUCGACAGCAAAGUUCUACAACGUCCCCGUCACCGGAGGGUCGUCCCGGGUCCGCAUCACAAUAGCAAUAGCCUCAUCAGCUGCUGCGGCGAUUUCGCUCGUUCUCAUCGGCGCAUACAUUGGAUACAGAACGUAUUCCAAGAAGAAACAAGUGCGAGAUAGCCUCAUGCGAUUACCGGCGAGCGUGAGCAAGUCUGGUUUAUAUUUCAACUACGAGACGCUGGAGAAGGCCACCAACUUCUUCGACAACUCGAGGAAGCUGGGGCAAGGGGGUGCCGGCUCAGUGUACAAGGGGAUCCUACCCGACGGGAAGGUCGUCGCGGUUAAGCGGUUGGUGUUCAACACGCGCCAAUGGGUGGACGACUUCUUCAACGAGGUGAACCUGAUCAACGGGAUCCGACACGAGAACCUUGUCAGGCUUCUGGGAUGCAGCAUCGAAGGCCCGGAAAGCCUCCUCGUCUACGAAUAUAUUCCAAACAGAAGUCUUGAUCAAGUCCUUUUUGCCAACAAUGCGGCGCACGUCCUGACUUGGGAGGAGAGGCUGCACAUCAUCACAGGAACGGCUGAGGGCCUCGCGUUUCUUCAUGGAGGGUGCGCAGUGAAAAUCAUCCACCGGGACAUAAAAACCAGCAACAUCCUCCUUGACGAGAAUCUCACGGCGAAAAUCGCGGAUUUCGGGCUUGCCCGAUGCAUCGCUCCGGAUGCGUCUCAUCUCAGCACAGGAAUCGCCGGCACACUCGGUUACAUGGCCCCUGAAUAUCUCGUGAAGGGACAGCUAACGGAGAAAGCCGAUGUUUAUGCUUUCGGGGUGCUGGUUCUUGAAAUCUUGAGCGGUAGGAAGAACAGCAUAUUCGCACAGGGGUCGGGCUCGGUAUUACAGUCGGUAUGGAAGCAUUACAAGUCGAAUAAUUUAGCGGCGUGCGUCGAUCCGGCCUUACGAGGGGAGUUCCCUGUCCUGGAGGCGUCGAACGUGCUCCAAAUCAGCCUCCUGUGCACGCAAGCCUCCAUGGAACUGCGGCCGCCCAUGUCCAGAAUCGUUGAGAUGCUCAACGACAGAGACCGCGUAGUCCCUCAACCGAAGCAGCCCCCAUUCCUCAACGCCAGCGUGCUGUCUGAUGAAUCCAGCAGCCGAAGCUCGUACACGCAGACGUGGUUGUCGAACCAGCUCACCGCGUCCGAGGUCUCUUCCGGCUUGAUGGGAAGCCUGCGGACGAAUAGCCGGCACGCGAUCCAAGCAUCCGAGCCUAGGUAGAACCGGCACCUGCUCCUUGUACAGGCAGAUGGUAAAAACCAUAUCUUACAGACGAGUCGAGGACAGUAAAUCCAUUCAUGAACUGGGAUGACGCAGAUUCUUCAUUCUCCGACCAGGCGACGUGGUCGCAUCAGCACUCGGAUUUGUUGAGAA